UUCCUGAAGGAAGGCUGAAAGAACAACGGAGAGCAAAACAAACCUUGCAGGAGGUUACAAUGUACACAAAGCCAUCUUGGGAGUAGGGGCGGUUCUUCGCUCAGCAGAGAACGCGGGAAAGAGGGUGAGGAAUGGGAAUGUCUGCUGAUGUUUAGGGGAAGCAGCAGCAGAGAGAAGGGCAGCUGUUGUUCUCGGGGCGCACUUAACCCUCGCCCGCACCCCGCUCAGCUGGCGGGCACAGGCCCAGCGCACGCCCCGGCUCCCACGGCGCUGAGGCACCGCCGCCUCGGCCGGGAGCUCUCGCUUCCUCCAGGGACUCCCCUGGCCCAGGGCGGGCGGCCGCCCCUCCGCCCGGCGGGACGCGUCCCCCCACGCCGCCGCCGCCGCCGCCCCUCCCGCCGCCGGCUCCCGCAUCCCGUGCCGCGCACCCCGCGUGACCGGCGGGGCGGGCACGGGCAGGCACAGGCGGGCGGCCCGUCCCCGCAGCGCCCGGGGCCGAACGUCGCUCCCCCACCGAGGGCAGAGGAAGCCGGGCGCUGCAUCCCCGCUCUGUCCCGGCCGCCCGCCCCCGCCGGAGGAGCCGGGGGCGGGGCGGGGCCGGGCCGUCCGCGGCGCCUCCCCGCGGGAGCGGGCGGGGCUCCUCUCCUUUGCGCCAUGAUGAACAAAUGACCUCGCGGGGAAUGAAAUUUAAGUUCCACCGGGGAGAAAGAGUUCUCUGCUUCGAGCCCGACCCCACCAAAGCCAAAGUGCUCUAUGAUGCCAAGAUUGUUGACAUUAUUGUUGGAAAAGAUGAGAAAGGCAGAAAGAUUCCAGAAUAUCUGAUCCAUUUUAACGGUUGGAACAGAAGCUGGGAUAGAUGGGCAGCUGAAGAUCAUGUUCUUCGGGAUACAGACGAAAACCGCAGAUUACAGCGUAAAUUGGCACGGAAGGCUGUGGCUCGCAUGAGAAGAAAGGGAAGAAAGAAGAGACGCUGCAGGUUGCCUGGUGUUGACUCUGUGUUAAAAAGCCUUCCUGCUGAAGAAAAUGAUGAGAGUAGCGAAAACUCUAUAAGUAGUUCUUCUUCUGAUGACAGUGAUGAAGGAACAGAUGAAGAAAUAAAGAGUGAAGAAAGUGACAUAGAUGAGAGGACAGAAAUGAAAGAAGAACAAGACACUCAUACAAAAAGGGACAUGGAAGAAAGAGCAAUAAGCAUAGAAAUUCCUGAAGUCUUGAAAAAGAAGCUUGAGGAAGACUGCUACUAUAUUAAUAGAAGAAAAAGGCUAGUGAAGCUUCCAUGCCAGACAAAUAUAAUAACCAUCUUGGAGUCAUAUGUGAAACACUUUGCAAUUAAUGCUGCUUUUUCAGCCAAUGAAAGGUCUCGGCACCAUCAGAUGACUCCACAUGCUAACAUGAAUCUUCAUUAUGUGCCACCAGAGAAGAAUGUCGAGCUAUGUAAAGAGAUGGUGGAUGGGCUGAGAAUAACCUUUGACUUCACACUUCCCUUAAUUUUGCUCUAUCCUUAUGAACAAGCUCAAUUUAAGAAGGUGACUUCAUCAAAAUUCUUUCUUCCUAUCAAAGAAAACUCAACAAAUACUAACAGAAAUCAGGAGGAACUUUCCCCAAGCCCUCCUCUGCUGAAUCCACCCACGCCUCAGUCGACUGACAGCCAGCCCACCACAGGGGAGCCAGCCACGCCGAAGAGGCGAAAAGCUGAACCCGAAAUCCUGCAGUCGCUGAGGCGUUCGACGCGCCACAGCUCCAACUGUGACAGGUUAUCAGAGAGCAGCGCGUCCCCACAGCCGAAACGGCGGCACCUCGAGACCCCUGCUUCUAUGCCAAAGCUCUUCUUGCACCUGGAAAAAAAAACCCCUGUCCAUAGCGGGUCGUCUUCACCUAUAACUUUGACUCCUAGCAAAGAAGGGAGCACGGUGUUUACUGGCUUUGAGGGUAGAAGAAACAACGAAUUGAAUGAGGUUUUGUCCUGGAAAUUGAUGCCAGAGAAUUAUCCACCAAGUGAUCAACCACCACCUCCCUCAUAUAUCUAUGGAUCUCAACAUUUGCUGAGGAUGUUUGUAAAACUACCAGAAAUACUGGGGAAGAUGUGUUUUCCUGACAAAAACCUAAAGGCUUUAGUAAAACACUUCGAGAUGUUUCUGAGGUUUUUAGCAGAAUACCAUGAUGAUUUCUUCCCAGAAUCUGCUUAUGUAGCUGCAUGUGAAGCCUACUACAGUACUAAAAAUCCUCGGGCCAUCUACUGAAGCUAUUAAUAAGGAUUAAAUCCUACUAUACAUAGCCCAUGACAAUGCUAUUCUGCUACAUGGCUACAGGAUGAGAAAGGAAUUAAAACAACUGCUGGAGUUGAAGACAUUGGAAAAUGUCUUUAUGAUGGUUGGAUUAUUUAGGAAUUGAGAACUACUUUUCAGAGAUGUGUAUAGACAGUGGUGUGAGUCACUUAGAGGGUUGGAUAUAAAUCUGACU